AUGUCAAGUGUACAAUUCAAAACAAAAGAAGAAACGAAGCAAAUCAUGUCUUCGCGUGCACAUGUAUCUAUGCGACAUUUCUUAUUGUUUGCUUAUUCAUUACCAUGUUUUGCUCUUUUUUCCUGUGUUGGUUUAUCUCUCUUGAAAGAUUUUGAAAAAUCAACUCGUACUCACUGCAAUGUCUUCAAUUUUCUUCCAUCUAUAUCAGCAUCGAUUGGCGAUUGUGAACCUCAACGUUACAUCUGGCGUUUAUGUUUUGCAUUAGAUAGUGUACCUCGUUAUGCAAUUGCUUUCUUACAACUUCGACGCUUAUUAAAUCGUCAUCAUAUAGCUUUACAGGAAAUUUAUCCAUUAGUUCAAAUCACAAAUAGUGCAAUUCAUAUACUUGAAUUAACAUUUCUUCUUCUAUUAACUUACAUUUCAUCCAAUGAAAUCAAAUGGAUUCAUGAAUGUUCAUUUAUUGGUUUUAUGAUUUGCUCGUUGGUACAUAUGCUUCUAACUGUGUUAAUUGAUUAUUUUUGGCCACGAACAAUAAAUUAUCGCGUAAAUGAUCAAGAGAAACUGACACGAGGAAAACGACUAAAAUGGUUUCUUGUUAAUAUCAUGUCUUUUUUUAUUUCACUAUAUUUCUAUUUUCGACAUAAUGACUAUUGUGAACCAAAUAUCUAUUCAAUGUAUUGUCUUUUUGAAUAUUUUGUUGUACUAACCAAUAUUGCCUAUCAUGCUGUUGUAAUGGAUGAAUGGGAUCAAAAUGCAGGACAAAUUCAAUUUUUUUAUUAA